GUAUCUAAAUGCCAUUCAAACAAAUGCUCCCCAUCUUUUGCGUUAUCUAGCCACUGCUUUUAUUGUCAACAAAAGGAGACGACCUCAAUUCAAAGAUUUUAUAAAGGUUGUCCAACAAGAGCAGUAUUCAUAUGAAGAUCCAAUCACAGAAUUUUUGGCAUGUGUAUAUGUCAAUUAUGAUUUUGAUGCUGCCCAAAAAAAGAUGAGAGAGUGUGAAGAAGUGAUAUUGAAUGACCCAUUCCUCGGCAAAUGAGUGGAAGAAGGCAACUUUUCAACUGUACCAUUGCGGGAUGAGUUUCUUGAAAAUGCCCGUCUUUUUAUCUUUGAGACUUAUUGCCGAAUACAUCAGCGCAUUGACAUGGGGGUUCUUGCAGAAAAACUAAAUUUGAAUUAUGAUGAGGCUGAGAGAUGGAUUGUGAAUCUUAUCCGAACCUCAAAGCUUGAUGCUAAGAUUGAUACAAAGUCGGGAACUGUUAGCAUGGAACCUAAUCAUCCUAAUGUGUAUGAGCAGUUAAUAGACCACACCAAGGGUCUGACUGUAGUACGCAAAAGUGGUUUUCCCGUAUCAUACAUAAAAAUUAAUUUCAGCCAUUGAUCCUCAUCUUUUAAUCUGUG